UUUUGGAAAAGUGUCAUAUGGUCUCUCGUUGAUUGCUUUCCAUGUCGGAGAAGACCGUGGAUAAAUCACCUUUUGAUUAGGGUUUCCGUCGAUCUCGCCUCUCUUCUAAAUCUGCGAGUUCAUUCAGAGCUAGUGAACCUUCGUUCCUUCCUUCCUUCCUUCGUUCACAAGGUAGCGUUCUGCUGAUGGAGUCUCUUUCCAGAUCGAGCGGCGACGAGGACGAGCUCAGGAGGGCUCAAGGAUCGUCUCAAAGAUGUGUGUGUUUGAGAUUUUUUUUCUCCUUUUUUUAAGAAGCAAAAGAGAAACUAUAGGUUUGAAAGCUGAAAUGACGGGGAAGGUGGACGGGAAGAGUGGUGAGCAGAAACCAGGCACGCCAACUACGCCAAAAUCAAAGCAUUCAGCAACCGAGCAGCGUCGUAGGUGCAAAAUCAAUGAUAGAUUUCAGAUACUUAGAGACCUCAUACCUCAGUGUGAUCAGAAGAGGGAUAAAGCUUCGUUUCUUUUAGAGGUUAUUGAAUAUGUCAAAUUUUUACAAGAAAAGGUACAAAAGUAUGAAACCUUCCCAAGCUGGAAUCAGGAAAACGAGAAAUUGAUACCAUGGGUAAUCUUCUGUCAUUUCUUUGUAAUUGUGGCUUGAUAAAGAAUUCACAUUUAUAGGCUUCCUCCAUGUAAAUGCAAAUUAAUAUGGUGGUAAACGUAAUGUUUAACUGGAUGAACUACAUCAUAGCCUUAAUAUUUUAGAAUCGACCAGAUGCAAUUAAUAGAUAACAGUUAUUCUAUAUGUUUGGAUUGUGAAUUUUUAGGACAUGGAUGAAAGGUAAAUCUUUGUGUCUGCAUGUGUAUUUAAUCCAUGAUCUUGUACAUGAAAGCCAAAAAGAAAAUGGGUCAAAACCCAUAUGUUUUGAAGAAACUAGAAUGGUGUUUCACUAAAAAAUCAAUUUUGUUGGCUAUUGUGACAAGUGGAGAAGUAGGAAGAGAUAGUAGGGUAUGUUAUCAUCAGACUCUGAAAUUGCAUGACAUAUUUGUUUUGCUUGAUGAGGUUGUGGUAUGAUGGUUUUGGGCUUGUCAAUGUUUUGUGGACCCAAUUAAG